AAGACGAAUCAUCCACUCUCUUCUACUCCUGAUACUCACUGUUUCUUAGCGUGGACGAACGUGCGCUUAAAUUUUUGUGCCUGCCACGCCCCUCUCUCUCUCUCUCUCUCAUGUCCUUUGCUCGAACAAACUAAUUUAUCCUCUCUCUCGCUCUCUCUGGUUCUUUGUGUCUCAUCUUCCUUCCCCAAUAGCGAGACUUCAUCAGCUAUAAAAAGGACCGAACUUUAACUUUAUCAAACUCAGGUGGGAGUGGUGGUGGGGCUUCUCUUUCUUCUUUCUCGUGUUUCAACUUCAGGAACGACCCUUCGCCUUUUGUCCCUGGAUGAAAUUAUGGCGUUAAUCGUGUACACAUGGUUUUACCUAGUUGUGCUGUUGAAAUUUCCUAAAAAUCACUGGUUUCAGUUCCAAAUGGAAAUAUCACUAUUUUGAUGGGUUCGAGUAAAUACUGCAACUACUGUUUGUUUAUGGUUAAGUAGAUAUGGAUGAGUUUAACAGUAUUAUACCCUCCAUUUCAUGUCCGAAUCCUACUGGGUUUGCGAAUCAUAGUCCAGUCGACUUUGAUGAUAAUCAGAUGGCUUUAAUAGAACUGGCUCGUGAAACUGAGGCCACGAGAUUUGAAAUGUCAGAUAAUUUCAAGGCCCAGAUUGCAAAUCAUCCUCUGUAUCCAAACCUAGUAUCUGCUUACAUCGAGUGCAGAAAGGUGGUACUCCCACCAGAAAUGGCUUCACUUCUUGAAGAAGUCACCAAAGAAACCCACUCCACCGUUUCUAAUGGAGCUGACCCUGAACUUGAUGAAUUUAUGACAUCUUAUUGUGAGGUUCUACACAGAUGCAAGGAGAAACUGUCAAAGCCAUUUGAUGAAGCGAAAUCGUUUUUAAGCAACAUCGAGUUUCAGCUCAGUAAUCUCUGUAAAGAGACCUUUGCCUCAACCACGUCAUCUUCCUUGACAUCUUUCAACUACCAUUCUGCUGAUGAUGGGGAUGCUACUUUGGAUGAGGAUGUUAGUUGUGAAGUGGAAGCAACUGAAAAUCAAGAAUCUCUUGGUACCUGUCAAGGUGACCAUGAACUCAAAGAAAUGCUAAUGCGCAAGUACAGUGGCUACCUUAGCAGUUUGCGUAAGGACUUCUUGAGGAAAAGGAGAAAAGGGAAAUUACCAAAGGAUGCAAGGAUGGUAUUGGUAGACUGGUGGAACACACAUUACAAAUGGCCAUAUCCCAUGGAAGACGAGAAAAAGAAGUUAUCAGAAAUUACGGGAUUAGACCAGAAGCAGAUCAACAAUUGGUUCAUAAACCAGAGGAAGCGACACUGGAGGCCGUCUGAAGACCUGAGAUUUGCUUUCAUGGAAGGUCCCUGUAAUGGCAUAUCAGAACCCAUGCAUUUCGAUGCUGCUGGAGGAUCUGGAGGCAUUGGCACUUAAAGUAUGCUUGCAAAGUAUGCAUUUGAACUUUCCCAUAGUUUGUAUCUUCUUUGAAGUGUUAAAAGAAGAGGCUUAUAACUUUAGAUGUACAAAAGAAAGUAGUCUGCUUGGGAUGAUUCAUGCGUACAUGGAUGGAUUUUUGUGGCUUUGUUAAUGGUGAAGUCGAGUUGUCGCUUUUAUUCAACUUUCUUUACCUGUGAAGCAAAUAUUAUGAAUCUUUAAUCAGCUUGAUGAAUCUUUCGUUGGCAUUAAA